CAGAAAAAAAGACAAGGAAAGGUUGUGUUGUUGGGCUUCUUCAUUUGUUUAAAUCGCAGUUUCAGUUGCUAAUUUCAUUAAAUCCAGGUCUUUAUAUUUAUUUAUCAAUAAUUUUUGCUCAAUGAAAAAUUGCAGAGAUGUUUAGCUUUGAAGGAGACUUUAAAACUCGACCUAAAGUUUCCCUUGGAGGUGCAAGUCGGAAGGAAGAAAAAGCUUCACUUCUGCAUCGGACACAAGAGGAACGAAAAAAGAGGGAGGAUGAAAGACGAAGGCUAAAAAAUGCAAUAAUCAUUCAGUCAUAUAUACGAGGAUACAAGGAUAGAAAACAGCAAUAUGCCAUCCAAAGAAGCGAAUUUGAUCAUUUUGUGCGCUUAGCACAGUCAGGAGGAGGAGGAUUUUCCAUCAGUGAUGGAGCUAAUUUGAGUCUUUUAGUACGACAACUUCUGUUUUUUUACAGACAAAGUGAAGAUUCAGCUAGAUUGGUAUGGAUGUGUCAGAAUUUGGUAAAGUCAAACAUCCAGUUUGUAAAACAGCUAACAGGUCCUGAUAAACAAAUAUGUUUGUUUCAGAUAAAGAGGAUGCUAGGCUUAUGUUGCAGGCUUCUGGAAACAUGCAAAGACGACAAGUUUAAUGUGGCAGUUCCUAUGAGAAUGUUAGAGACAUUUUCUUCAGAAAAAACAUAUUUGACUGUUCUUCAGGAUGCUAAUUGUGUAGCCUCUUUAGCUGAACAAAUUUUGCACUAUAUGGUACAUAAUGGACUCUACAGAGCGCUUUACAUUUUAGUAAAUCACAAGCUUCCAUCUUGUCUAGAGUUCAGUGAAGCUCCUCGUGUUCCCUUUGCUGGCACUCUUUUGGAGCAUAUCCUUAAACCAUUGCACUUUAAAUACUUCUCCUGUCCUCAGGGUGCAAGGCAAUAUAUUUUUGCAACCUUCACAGAGGAGUUCAUUGCUGCUCCAUAUACAGAGCAGAUAUUCCACUUUUUCAUUCCAGCACUGGCUGAUAUACAGUCUUCUUUCCCUUUUGAGCCUUUCCUUGAAGCAGUUUUAGGGAUGGUGAGUGUCUGGAAUGUGGCUAACAUCAAGGCACCUUGGCUAUUUUAUUUUGUUCUGGCUGUUGGAGAAACACAUCUAGGUAGCCUCUCAGAAGAAGGUUUACUACUAUAUUUGAGAACACUACAAACUCUGUUGCCACAAUUGCCAGUGUCUGUGACCAGCACCAGCAAACAAGAAGUUCUCAGUGACUCAGAAGAUGAAGACGACACUGGAAUCAAAACAGUGCUACCAAAUGAUGACUCAACAAUUUCAGUGCAUGUUAUAACCGAAGAGUGUAUUCACAAACUGGACACAAAACAGCAAACAAAUGCACUUUUAAACCUGGUUUGGAGGGAUUCUGCUAGUGAGGAAGUGUUCACCAUGAUGGCAUCUAUCUGUCACACUCUGAUGGUACAGCAUCGCAUGAUGGUUCCUAAAGUCAGGCUCUUGUACAGCUUGGCAUUCAAUGCAAGAUUCCUAAGACAUCUUUGGCAUUUAAUAACUUCAAUGACAACAAAAAUGAUUACAGGAUCCAUGGUCCCACUUCUUCAGGUGAUAUCACGAGGUUCCCCAAUGUCACUAGAAGAUUCCAAUAGGAUCAUACCUUUGUUCUAUCUCUUCAGCUCCCUUUUCAGUCAUUCGCUGAUUUCAAUACAUGACAAUGAGUUCUUUGGAUAUGCUGUGGAAGGUCAAGGUCAGUCAUCAAUGAUGCCCUUCACAUUGGGAGAGUUGGUAACACUUUCUCGUUGUCUUCGAGAUGCAUGUUUGGGAAUCAUCAAGCUGGCUUAUCCAGAAACAAAACCAGAGCACAGAGAAGAAUACAUUGCUGCAUUCAAGAGUGUUGGUGUUAAAACAAACACUGAGAUGCAGCAAAGGAUACAAGCAGAACAGAAACGUUGGAUUCAACUUUUCAAGGUCAUAACCAACCUGGUAAAAAUGCUGAAGGCACGUGAUAUAAGAAGGCAUUUCUGUCCUUCUGAGCACUGGCUGUCUGAAGAGGUUAAUAUAAGAGCUGAUAAGGUUACACAGCUUUAUGUUCCAUCAGCUAGACAUGUGUGGAGAAGCCGCAGAAUGGGAAGAAUUGGACCUUUACAAUCUACUCUUGAUGUGGGAAUAGAGCCACCUCAGUUGUCUGUCUCAGAGGAACGCCAGCUUGCGAUUCUAACUGAGCUACCAUUUGUAGUACCAUUUGAAGAAAGAGUAAAGAUCUUCCAAAGAUUAAUUUAUGCUGACAAACGUGAUGUUCAAGGUGACGGUCCUUUUUUGGAUGGAAUUAACAUUACAAUCCGUCGUAAUUAUAUUUAUGAAGAUGCAUAUGAAAAACUUUCUCCUGAAAAUGAACCUGACCUGAAGAAAAGAAUACGAGUUCACCUUUUGAAUGCUCAUGGGCUUGAUGAAGCUGGUAUUGAUGGUGGAGGCAUAUUCCGAGAGUUUCUUAAUGAACUUCUCAAAUCAGGAUUUAAUCCUAACCAAGGAUUUUUUAAGACCACAAAUGAAGGACUUCUGUACCCUAGUCCUACCGCACAGAUGUUGGUUGGUGAUUCUUUUGCCAGACACUACUACUUUUUGGGAAGAAUAUUGGGAAAGGCACUGUAUGAAAAUAUGUUGGUAGAGCUUCCAUUUGCCAGUUUCUUCCUCUCCAAAUUGCUAGGAACAAGUGCAGAUGUUGACAUUCAUCACUUGGCUUCUUUAGAUCCAGAAAUGUAUAAAAAUCUCCUUUUCCUGAAGAGCUAUGAAGAAGAUGUAGAGGAACUUGGGCUUAACUUUACUGUGGUUAAUAAUGACCUUGGGGAGGCACAGGUUGUGGAGCUAAAACCAGGUGGAAAGGAUAUUCCAGUAACUACUGCAAAUAGAAUAGCAUAUAUUCACCUUGUCGCAGACUACAGACUAAAUAAACAGAUAAGACCCCACUGCCUUGCUUUUCGACAGGGUCUUGCAAAUGUGGUAAACCUAGAGUGGCUCCGAAUGUUUGAUCAGCAGGAGCUGCAGGUAUUGAUUUCAGGUGCUCAUGUACCCAUUUGCCUUGAAGAUCUCAAAAGAUUUACAAAUUAUUCAGGUGGUUAUUCUGCAAAUCACCCUGUUAUUAAAAUCUUUUGGGAUGUCGUGGAAAGUUUUACCGAUGAAGAAAAACGCAAGCUGCUCAAGUUUGUUACGAGCUGCUCAAGGCCUCCUCUACUUGGUUUUAAGGAACUAUACCCUGCCUUUUGUAUUCACAAUGGAGGAAGUGAUCUGGAACGUUUACCCACUGCCAGCACAUGUAUGAACUUGCUUAAGCUUCCUGAAUUUUGUGAUGCUCAUUUAAUGAGAAGCAAACUCCUUUAUGCGAUUGAAUCUUCAGCUGGAUUUGAGUUGAGCUGAAAAGUUAUAUGGAGCUUCAGUGCCCUUAAAAGCAUAUACUAGUGCCUAAUUUUUGAGCAGCACUUGAGUAACAAGUAGGGGGCAAAAGCCAAGGGAUAAGACCAUAUAAAUACCCUUUAAUUAAGUCAAAAGAAUGCACUGAAAAAGUAUUGUUUCUAUUUUUAUCAAGUACAAGACUCAGUAUAACAGAAAAUAUAUUCAACUGAGCCACUUAAAUAAGUACACAGUAUAAACCCUAACAAAAAAAAGCAGGAGAUGCCUGGUAUGUGGCUGGUAACUAUGUUUAGAUGCCAAGUUAAGCACUUGAUAAUAACCUGACAUUUAACCAAAGAUCUGGCUUUGGCUUAGUGCUGUUUUAAGGCAGAAAUCAAACGCAGGCAAUAAGUGUAAAGUAAAGAAGACCAAGGAAACAAAUAAAAAUGAUGAUUCUGAAGGAAAAUUCUCUUAAGGAGUUACAGACAUUUUUGCUUUUCUGUUCAAGUAAGUCUGAAUGGAUUACUUGUCAGCUGCUUGAAUCAAAAGACUUUUCUACUUGACAUCAUCAAGGAUUUUGUGAAUAUUACUACUAAUACCAUACUCUUUAUUUUUUACAUAGCCCCAUGUAAACGUGUAUGCCUUGGCCUGACAGUUGUGUGGAUUUUAUUAGGCUUUUCUGUAAAUUAUCAAAGAAGUAGACCUCGAUCAUUUGCAUUCAAUGACGGAUCUGUGAAUACAUAUUUUACACUGUUCUUUUACUGUCCUUCGCACUGUAUCUGUACAGAUAUUUUCCAUUUAAGUGGAAUUCCUGUGGGAUAUAGCUUUACAUUGUGUUUUACCACUUAUUAAAGUGCAAAAACAGUU